AUGACUAUAGACGAGACCCACGGCAUGAAUGGCCAUGGCGUGGCAAUUGGUUCUGACAUCAAUGGUCCUAUUACCAAUGGCCAUGCCCGUCGCACCAACGGCUUGCGUACGAAUGGCAUAUCCACAAACACUGCGCACAUGAACGGCAAUUCCAACACGAUGAACGGUGCAAAUGGGGUCUCGGCCUCCAAUAUCCAUUCCAAUGGUCAAAUUCCGAUCGCAAUUUGUGGUAUGGCAUGUCGUCUCCCGGGAGGCUUCGCAACGCUAGAUGAACUAUGGGACUUUCUUCUUGCAAAGCAAGAUGGUCGAUGUCGUGUCCCGGAAUCGCGCUAUAACAUCGAAACAUACUACUCGGACAUGAAAAAGCCGGGAACGGUCUCAACCCAGUAUGGAUAUUUUCUCGAUGAGAGUGUCGACGUCGGGGCGCUGGAUAUGUCCCUUUUUACCAUGGCAAGAAGUGAAGUAGAGCGAGCUGACCCUCAGCAACAGCUCAUGUUAGAAGUGGCUCACGAGGCUUUCGAGGACGCCGGUGUGACAGACUGGCGAGGCAAGACUAUCGGUACUUAUAUUGGUAAUUUCGGAGAGGACUGGCUGGAGAUGUUGGGGAGGGAAACCCAGCCGUGGGGAAUCCACCGUAUCUCUGGUUCAGGAGACUUUGUCGUCGCCAAUCGUCUCUCUUAUGAAUUCGAUCUACGGGGACCAAGCAUGACCAUUCGCACGGCAUGUUCGUCCGCUUUGGUGGCUCUGAACGAGGCUUGCGCAGCGAUUAGCAGAGGCGACUGCGAAUCCGCUCUAGUAGGCGGUGUCAAUUUGAUCCUGGCUCCGGGAAUGUCGGUGGCUAUGCAGGAGCAAGGAGUCUUGUCUAGCGAUGGCUCAUGUAAGACCUUCUCUGCUGACGCCAAUGGGUAUGCUCGUGGAGAGGCAGUUACGGCCAUAUUCAUCAAGCCGUUGGCUGAUGCCAUUCGAGAUGGCAACCCGGUUCAAGCUGUCGUGAGAGCCACAUCUCACAACGUGGACGGAAAAACUCCGACGCUAUCGCAGCCUAGCACGGAUGUGCAAGAAGCUUUGAUGAGGAGGGCAUACGAGCUUGGAGGCAUCACUGACUUCUCGGAAACCGCCAUGGUAGAAUGCCACGGGACAGGUACCCCGACAGGCGACCCCAUUGAAACGAGAGCUGUGGCCCGCGUCUUUGGAGAGAAGGGCGUGUACAUCGGCUCUGUUAAGCCCAAUCUCGGACAUACCGAAGCUGCGUCCGGCCUUAUUUCGCUUUUGAAGAUGGUGAAGGCACUUCAACACCAUAUCAUCCCACCAAACAUCAAAUUCAGCAUCCCCAAUCCUAGCAUUCCGUUUGAGGAAGGGAAGCUCACGGUUCCUACUGAGGCAACUCCGUGGCCGAAAGACCGCCUUGAACAGGUGAGUGUGAAUUCUUUUGGCAUUGGUGGCGCAAAUGCCCAUGUAAUUCUAGAGUCUGCGGCGACUUAUAAUAUCCCGACUGCGGUAUCUGGGUUCCCGGAGUCGCCUCAGCUUCUAUUGUUUACAGCGAAUUCCUCCAAAUCAAUAACAAGGCUGGUCGACAACUCCAAGGUCUGGAUCGAGCAGAAUCCCGACAAAAUUUGUGAUCUGGCCUAUACUUUGGCCAGGAAAAGAACCCAUCUGCCGUACCGAGCAUUUGCCAUUGUUAAUAAUGGUGUGAUUGAAAGCGUUUCUCAGCCUAUAAACUCGAAGUCUGCAGGCCCACCGAGCAUUGUGAUGGUUUUCACCGGCCAGGGCGCACAAUGGCCGCAGAUGGGACAGGAGCUAUUGCGAUCCGAUGAGGUGUUUAAAUCUAGCAUCCGAUCUCUCGACCAACAGCUUCAAACCAUUGCUGGGAAGAAGCCUCACUACUCAAUCGAAGAGGAGCUCAAGAAGGCAGGCAAGCAGAGCCGCCUGUCUUCGGCCGAGUUCUCUCAACCUCUUUGCACUGCUAUUCAGAUUGCACUGGUCGACACGCUCAAGGCUGCUGGAAUUGUCCCACAUGCCGUUGUGGGCCAUUCCAGUGGUGAGAUCGCUGCAGCAUAUGCCGCCGGGGCUCUUACGGCUAAAGAAGCUAUCACAGUUGCCCACCACCGUGGAGCUGUGGCAGUCAAACAAGAGCGACCGGGGACAAUGGCGGCCAUUGGAAUGGGCUGGAGAGAAAUUGAAAACUACCUCGUCCCUAACGUCACGAUCGCAUGUGACAACUCGCCCAAGAGCGUUACAAUCUCGGCCGAUAUUGAUGCCGUGAAAUCUGUUGUUGCUGCUAUAAAAAAGGAACAGCCACAGAUUCUGGCUAGACUACUCCAGGUUGAUAAAGCCUACCAUUCAUACCAUAUGGAAGAGAUUGGUGACCAUUACCAAUCACUAAUCGAGCAACACGAUAUUGGAAAUAAUGCUGUCUUCCUUGAGGUUGGGCCUCGCGGAGCUCUUGCAGGACCACUGAGACAGAUAUUUGCUGAGGCCUCCUCUCCCACUCCUUAUGUCUCGGCCAUGACGCGCAAUAAAGACUGUACUGUGUCUUUUUUGGCAGCCAUUGGUGCCCUGUAUUCUCUCAAUGUUCAUGUUAACCUUGAGGCUCGUUUCCCCACGGGCACCUGUCUUUCGGGCGUCCCCCGAUACCCAUGGAAUCACAAGGGCAGCUACUGGUACGAGUCUCGGCUAAGCAAAGAAUGGCGCAACCGCAAAUACCCGUACCAUGAUCUUCUUGGUUCUAGGGUGGUUGAGAGUAGCGAUACUGAGCCAGUGUGUGGCGCAACCUAUUCCACGUUACAAACGCGCCGUGGAUAUGCGACCACAAACAAAUGGUGGGAGUUCACAGUGCCGUCCUAUAACGGGCGCAACUGGACAAAACAUUGUACACGAGAAGCUUCCGCUCAGUAUUCUCCGCCUGAACAGGCCCAGGACCCUGAUGCCCUGCCCAGAAAGCUUAAUGUGAGGAAGUGGUUCGAAAAGAUGGCCAAGGGUGGCCUGAAUCUGGGAGGAUCUUUCCAGACCCUUGAUAUGAUGGCGAGCUCAACCUCAGAGCAGCAGGGAAUGGGACACGUUGUGAAUGGAAGGCAGGGAGAUGAAGCCAAUUACUACAUCAUCCUACCGUCCUUGACGCAACCCUGCAGAUCCUGGGCGCUGCUGCUGUGCACUUCGGAUAUGAUCACAGAUGUCUCUGCUAAGCUAUCAAGCAAUUAUUCGGUCCUUGGAGACGGCUGUUGCACAUGUGAGGGCAGAAAAGUUGUUGAAGCAGUCGGCAUCCGUAUGUCACUUGCGGAUGCUGCCAGUUCAGGCGAGGUAAGGGACGGACACGCAGCAGCGAGGUGUGAAUGGAAACCUGACAUUGACUUCUUGGACGUGAACGAGCUCUUCUGCGCACCAGUGAGCCAUACCGACAAUUCACGCUUGCUGGAGGAGCUGGGAGACAUCUGCUUGCUCUUAUCCCAAUCGUGCUUUUCGGAAUCCUCAAGCAACACGACCUUGCCCCAUCUUCAGAGACACGUUGCUUGGAUCAAAUCUCAGUCUAAGUUAACCCCUAUCAGGUUGCCCUGUACUUGGACAGGUCUCGACAACCAGACUAUUUCCGCUCGAAUCAACAGUUUGCUGAAACAACUGGAAGGCACGCUUGCAGCUCCAGUCGCUAGUGCCAUUCAUCAAGUUUGCAUGAAUAUGGAUUCUCUGCUGUCCGGCAAAGACCUUGAGGAUAUUUUGCCAGGAAGAACUUUGUCGAACGUCUACAAAUAUCUCGGACAGCUGGAACGAAAAGACCCCAAUCUUCGAAUUCUCGAGAUUGGAACUGGAAGUGGUGUGUCACUGCACCGCGAGAUCGUCGAGGAUCUCACGCGCACUGAUGGGGAGAUUCUCUGUGCCAAGUACAUGUUGACUACCCCGGGCUACCUGGCGACAGAAACUCAAGAAAAGCUGUUCCCAAACAUGGACUUCGCAAGUCUGGACAUCUGCCAGGAUCCUAUCGAACAGGGAUUCGAGGAAAUGGAGUACGACCUCGUCCUCGCCAUUAUUCUUGCGGAGCUUUGCCCGUCAUCCAGAUGGGUAGAUUAUGUGCUAGGUGCGCUCCCAACUUGGUGGUCGGGUACUGAGGGCGGGCCAAUCAAGCCGCCGUAUCUAAGUAAGGAAGAAUUGGAAUUGGUGCUUGCUGCUGUCGGGUUUGGCAAACCCGAAGCCGUGGUUCUAGAUGCCGAAGCCCCUCACCAAGUCACAACCUCCUUUGUCGCAAGGCCCAUCCGUGAGACACCAAUCAAGAAGGCCACCGUUCUUGUCGAUGAGGAAAGAUCUGCUGUUACACACAUCUUGAACCAGCUCGAAAAAGAUGGCUAUGAGGUUAUCAAGUGCAGAUUAGGCGAUAUCCCGCCAGCUGGACAGGACAUGAUUUCGCUCUUAGACAUCGAGCAGCCCUUUUUCCAUGAUAUUGACGAAGCACGCUUCCUAUCUUUCAAGACUUUACUUCUCGGCCUCCAAGAACAUGGUUCUGGUAUGCUCUGGGCGACCCAUCUCAUCGACAUCGGAUGUCGUGAUCCCCGAUACGCACAAGUUCUCGGACUCGCCAGAACCAUCCGAACAGAGCGGCUGGCCGAUUUGGCAAUCUGCCAGGUCGACGCUUUCGACAAUCCCAAAUCUAUUGACCGUCUCCUCCAGGUGCUAGCGAAGUUCCAGUCGCGCCAAGGUGACGAGGAACUGAAUCCAGAUUUCGAAUGGGCCAUUUUCAACAACCGCGUCCAAGUCGCACGCUUCCAUCCUUUUGCCUUAACCGAUGAGCUCCUAGUUUCGGACCGGCCAAAUGAGAUGGCCACGCUGAAUGUCCGUUCACCGGGACGGGUCAACAGUCUGUAUUAUGAGCGACAUGAACGAAAGGACCUCGAAAACGAUGAAGUGGAGGUCCAGGUCUACUCAGCUGGAUUGAACUUCAGGGACAUUUUGGUCGCACCGGGCAUUGUUGAACUUCCAGUCCGCCUGUUCGGAAUUGAAGCCGCUGGCAUGGUUACCCGUGUGGGAGCGGACGUCAGCCCAGACGACCUUCAAGCUGGGACGAUGCAGAUCCCGUAUUUCACCGCGAUUCACUCCAUUAUAAACGUCGGGCGUGUUACGAAGGGUCAGUCCGUCCUGAUUCACAGCGCGUGUGGCGUGGGUCUGGCAGCUAUCCAGGUUGCCCAAAUGCUGGAGGCAGAGUUGUACGUUACAGUUGGCAGCGACGAGAAAGUCAAGUACUUGAUGGACCACUGUCACAUUCCGAGAAAAACCGGAUCUUUAACUCCCGUGACAACUCAGACCCAAGAUGCAUUCCGAUUCAUGGAGAAGGGACAACACAUCGGUCGCCUCGGCGUUUCGAUCAAGGAUGCUGGAGGAGACGCCGAGUUGGGAUCUGAGACCACCAAAAGAGCUCUAAAGAUUGCCUUCAAGGAGUUCGCCUCGUACCUUAUGGUUGGUGUUCUUGGCGGAAUUGGUCGUGCCGUGUCCACCUGGAUGGUCGACCAUGGCGCCCGCGAACUUAUAUACAUGUCCCGCAGCGCUGGCCUUACCACCAAAGAUGACGCUUUUAUCCACGAGCUCGAGUCGAUGGGUUGCACUGUCAAGCUCGCGAGCGGCGAUACCACGAAGCUCAAGGACGUGGAAAGAGCCAUUUCUGCAGCAACCUAUCCCCUUAAAGGUGUUGUGCAGAUGUCGAUGGUGGUUGCGAACGAGAACUUUACCAAAAUGAGCUAUGACGAAUGGACGGCGUCUACGGCACCCAAGUGCCGCAAUGGCAUGGGCCUCGCCGCUUCUGUGGUUGACAUGGGAGCCGUCGAGGACGUUGGCUGGAUUUCGGACCACCAGGGCAUGAUGGGUAAGAUGUCGCGGAGCGGCUUCAAGCCUGUUCUGGAACAGAAGGUCAUUGACGCCAUGGCAAUCUGCAUGCUAGUUCACAACAAACCGAACAAAGCCGCCGAAAGUGCUCUUACUGUGACUUCGAAGAACUCUUCUUAUUUCGUCCACAAGAAUACCUUCCUCGUCGGCCUUGCCUUGCUCAUCCCAUUGAAUGACCCUAGCAACUAUGUGAUCUGGAAGAAGGACCGCCGUAUGGCGUCUUAUCACAACAAGGCUACAGUUGCUGCCACAGCAGCCUCGACGGAUAUUCUGAAGUCCUACCUGAGCAGUGCUAAAGCGGACCCUUCGAUUCUCAAGUCGUCAGAAGCAGCGAAGCUCUUUGCGGUGGAAAUUGGCAAGAAGCUCCUCGAUCUUUUACUCAAACCCCAUGAAGGGCUCAAAACAAGCUUGCCCUUGCUUGAUCUUGGGCUUGACUCAUUGGUGGCUCUUGAACUGCGCGCUUGGAUCAAGCAGGUCUUCUAUUUUGAUCUGCCCAUACUGGAGAUGAUGAGCAUCGGAUCUCUUGACAUUCUUGGCCAAUAUGCCGCAAAUGAGGUCUACAGAAUCGCGACUGAGAAUAAGGACAGUUAAUCCGCUAUCGUUGGGUUUCUUUGAGAUUGCGAUGUUAUUAGAGGAAAUGUUAUCUGUGUCAAACACGGUUCGGCAACCGUGUUUUUCCCCCCCACCGAAAAAAAAAAAAAAAAAAAGAAAAUGCCGGCGAAUUUGUGGGAGGCUUAACAAAAAGAUCCACACAGACAUAUCCACCCUGCAACCUUAAAUUGCCAAUUUGAAUCCCCCGCAUUAUGAGCAAAAUCUGCCAGGGCGAAAAAAAAUACCAGAGGUUGGCUCCGGUGACACGCUAUUCCACCGAGAAGGUCUCUCAGAGAGAUUCUAAUCGAGACAGAAGAUCGCACGUCAUAAUACUGUGUGACCAAAGAGGGAGGAGUUGACAGCAUGAUCAACCAGCUGAGUCAUAGUUAGUCAGGUAGCAUAGUAGCUCACGAGCACUGUGGGACUUAGAAAUAACAACCAAGUUUACAUCUCA